UUUGUUGAUAAUGCAUGCUAGGGUCAAGCUCCGAUUACGCUGGAUGUGAAGAUAAGGAACCCAAUUUUACUCGCAUCACCGCCUGGACGAGCGGCGCCAUGCGGUGCGUGCUGCUGCUGCUGCUGACCUGGCCGUGGCCGCCUCCUGGCAGCUGGUGCUCCACGCACUGGAUCAUGACCGAGGACGGGCGCAUCCAGGCUCAGAUGGACUCGAUCUUCUUCAUGAAGCGGCCCUACGACUUCAUCUCGAUGGCGCAGCAGGAGCGGCGUGCCUCCAUGGUGGAGUCGCUGCACAAGGACCUGCUCACUCACAAGGUGGAGAUCGACCAGAACGACGACCGGGACCAGGACGUGGAGAAGAAGCUGUACACGGAGGACCCGCACUGUCUGGUGGCCGGCCAGCCGCUCACCGAGUUCGAUCUGUACCCGAGCGUGGCCGUCAAUCUGCGGAAGUACGGCAUCAGGAUCGAGGACUACAUCGACUCGAAGCAUGUGGCCGGCGAGCUGGUGCCGCCCGACUGCGAGACGCACAAGGCGCUCGACUACAGCAUGGACACGUUCCAGCAUCUGGUGGGCAUGAAGGACCGCCGCCACCUGUCCAUGGCGCCCGAGCUGGGCCUGGCCGAGCUGGUCGGCCAGCAGAACGUGCACGAGUUCGGGCACCGGGUGGAGCUGGCGCUGCGCCGCCGCCCGGGCGCCUGGGUGCUGUACCAGCUGGCCAGCCUGUACUGGCGCAUCCAGGGCGACGCGCCCCGCGCCGUCGAGUGCAGUCGCCGCGCCAUUCACCUCUCCAGCAGGGUGGAGCGGUUCGUCAGCCUGGUGGACCUGGGCGUGGUCCUGCACCGGUGCCACCACAGCGAGAGCGGUGCGGUCGUGCUGCACGCAGCCGUCGACCACCACGACCAGAGCGCCGAGGCUCACUACGGCCUGGGCAACGCCUACGCCGUGCUGGGCGACUACAACCGCUCGGCCACCUGCUUCAACAACACCGUCAAGCUGGAGCCGCAGCACGAGGGGGCGCUGAAGCGGCGCCACGCCGUGCUCUGUCACGAGCGCCUGGAGACGGCGCUCGAGAGCCAGCACAACUCGCUGCAGAACACCCUGGCCGAGCUGCGCAGCUACCAGAAGCAGCACACGCUGUGGCUGCAGCAGCAGGAGAAGCUGAUCCGGGAGCAGGCCGAGCUCGACACCAAGAUCGAGUCCAGGCUCAACUACGAGGAGCAGAAGAUUCGCGAGAGCUCCGACGGCAAGGGGCACACCUGCUUCCGCUACUACCAGAACGGCCAGAGUAUCCUCAGCUGCAACAUGGCGGCAGCUGCCGGCGAGGGCGGCUCGGAGACCGUGUCCGAUCUGCAGACCAAGCUCUCCGACCUGCAGACCAAGGCCGACCGGCUGGAGGAGCAGGUCUCUAAGCUGAGCCGGGGCGCCGAGCCGACGACCGACGGCGACCGGCCCACGCUGCCCCGCCGCUACACCGCGCUCGACCCGUCCGGCACGGAGCGGCUGCUGCGGCCCGACUGGCCGUCCCAGGACGAGUGCGGCCAGAAGGUCACCAAGUUCCCCGGCGCCAACGAGUUUCCCUCCGUGUUCCUGGCGCCCGACAACAAGGGCUUCGACGUCGACCACUUCCUGAACGCGGGCAUCGGCGUACCGCUCAGCGACGACCACGCGCUGCCCUGGUACCGGCCCGCCUGCGAGCCGGUGCAGGCGCGCGUGCUGCCCUACGACACGAUGGAGACGGUGCGCGGCCGCACGCGCGUCACGCAGCGCCGGCCCGACCCGGUGGCGUCGCGCGCACUGAUGGCGUACGCGCGCGGUCGCCAGACGGUUGAGGCGGAGCUGGGCCAGCGCAUCACGGCCGCGCUCAAGCAGGGCUCGGCGCCGGCCUGGGUGCUGCAGACGCUGGCCUCGCUCUACUGGCGCGCGCAGGGCAGCCUGGCUAACAGCAUCGAGUGUCUGCGCUCGGCGCUGCACUCGGUGCCGGCCGAGUUCGUGGACGUGCCGCUCGCCAACCUGGCUGCCGUGCUCUACCGGCUGGACGACGUGGACGGCGCGCUGAAGCUCGCCCGCCAGGCGUACAAGGCCGACCCUGUCGAGCCGGAGACGAAUUUCCUGCUGGGUAACCUGCUGGCGGCCAAGGGCAACUUCUCGGGCGCCGUGUGGCACUACCGGAGCGCGCUGCAGGCCGAGUCGACACACAGCGCGGCGCUGGAGUACCUGCGCGUCGUCUCCUGCUACACCCGCUACCACGGCCACCAGCGGGGCGAGCAGCAGUGUCAAACCCCGGCGCAGACGCCGGCCGAGCGGGACCCGAUGCUGGAGAAGCUGUCCAAGAUGCCGCCCGACUCCGUGGUCUGCACGUCCGAGUGCGCCGACGGCCAGGGCCGCGACGCGUGCGAGUCCAAGAUCAGCUGCUACAACGCGCGCAACGAGAACGGCCGCUGGAUCCUGACGCCGGCGCUGGCCGACCAGCUGGACUGCAGCGGUCCGGACGGCGCUCAGCUGGCCGCAGUGGACCAGCUGCCGUCGUUCCCGCCGCCGGAGCUGGACGAGCCGCCGGCGGACGCCGAGUACGAGCUGGAGGAGCAGCUGGACGUUAUCACCGAGCCGGUGCCGUCGCUGGACGAGCGGGGCAUCGUCGACGACCCGCUGCCGGACGUGCUGCUGCGCGUGCGCGAGCGCGCCGCCGCGCCGCCGCCCAGCGCCCAGCAGUGCGCCGACAUCAAGCAGAUCAACUGGAGUCAGUACACGUCCACGUGGCUGUCCGUCUCGGCCAAGAACGUGGUCGUGGACCUGGUGCCGGCGCCGAUGGGCGUGUACCAGCCGCGCCAGCCCGUCUGUCCGGACCAGUUCCCGGCUUCGAUGGCCACGCUGGACAACCUGUCGGGCGUGCGCCACCGGCGUCAGCUGUCCAUCAGCGCCGAGACCGGCCUGAAGGAGGCGCUGCAGGCGCUCACCGCCGACCAGCCGCGCACCGUCGACGAGACCGGCACGCGCAUCGCCAUGAGCAUGGACAAGAACUCGACCUCGUGGGUGCUGACGACGGCGGCGGCGCUGUACUGGCGCGUGCGCGGCGACGGGCCGCGCGCCGCCAGCUGUCUGCGCAUCGCGCUUCACCACGCGCCGCGCCACCUCAAGGACAUCCCGCUCAUCUCGCUGGCUAACAUCCUGCACCGAGCGGGCCUGUACAACGAUGCGCUGAUCGUAUGCAACAUGGCGCUGGAGAUAUCGCCCAAGUUUGUCGUCAUCCACUUCACCAUGGCCAACAUAUACGCCGCUAAGGGUGACCUCGAGAAGGCCAUCUCGUUCUACCAGUCGACGCUAGCGUUGCAGUCGUCGUUCGAGCCGGCCAAGGAGCGGCUGCGGGCCAUCCAGUGCAGUCUGGAGGCGUGGCGCAAGGCCCAGCAGCAGCAGCAGCAGGAGCUGUGAGCGGGCCGCGCGACGACCGGCCGCGCGCGUCCGGGGCGGCCUUCAUAGACGUGCAGUGAUUCGGCGGCGGCGGCGGCCGGCUUGGCCGGCGUCCGCCGCCGCGCCUAGUGCUGUCGGGGCGGGCUGGAUGUGAGGUGCUUGUUUAACUGGCCAUAUUAUAGACGACGGGACGCGAUGCAUUCCGGCUUUGUUGGAGAACGGCCUGUUUUGAGCGCUUGUGGGUGAGAACGCUGCUGCAUGCUCUGAAGUCGGGUGGGUUGUUAUGGCUCUCUCGGGCGCUGCUGGGGCGCUGGCGAGCGGCGCGGUGUUGCCGCCGCGCUGCUGGGAGGCGGUGGGCCGGGCGGACCCCCGCCGGACCCAGAGCCGUUCUGUGAUACUCUUUUGUGUGCUAGUCGCACUGAACCGCUGCCAUCGGACGCU